AUGAAUGUAGUCGAGGAGUCCUUGGGGAGGAGGGAGAGGAGGGUGGUGGAGAGACUUAGGGCGAGGCAUCCGUGGGCAGGUCUUUUGCAUGACUCGAAGCUGAAGGCAUCUUCAGGCUCUACCAGGCCCUGCAAGUCUCGAGGAAUCUCUCGCACGGAUUCUUGUUUUGUCCGGGAGAUCAGUGCUCUGCGAUGCCAUGCGGUGGUAGUGUUAAUGCUGCGGGGGUUGGCGGUUUUCCCAACGUCCACACCCGCGACGACUUCCACCACACCUGGCGAAGCCAUCCCACUCCAGGCCAGGCCUUUUCAUUCCUUCUUCUCGGAACACGCUCCGGACCUGUUGCGCGGCGCGUAUUCCCAUGCGAGUCGGUCGAUAUUUGCAGGCAAUGGGAUGGCUGGACGAGCAGAGGUGGUCAUUGCUUUAUUUUUAUUCUUCUCCAUCGUCGGGCUUCUGUUCCUGUUGUUUUCGGUUGUCGCAGCGUGUGAAAGGUCGCCGCUCGGAAUGAAGCGAAAUGAAUGAGUUCAACUUGUCUUUGCAGCAAAGCUAUGUCGGUACUGGCUCUUUGUGCAGGAAUACAAUUUGUAGGGAUCUGAUCAAUCUUUGCUUUAUUUUAUUCUAAUUUUCAAGUGUAAUUUGAUGCAAUUGGAUUUUUAUAUUUCUUAAAAACUUUUCUCGUAAUUUCAGUGACACCUAAAAUAAUAACUUUACGUACAUAUAUAAUUAAUUAAUUAAUGAAAAGGUGGUUUGUUGAGGUGUUCGAUUGCGUCUCUCACAUAUUAAUUAUUUUUUUAAUAUUUUCCAGUAUAACUACUGUUGAUUCUGAACUUCAAGUUAAACAAAUGAACGUUAAUGAACUGAUAGAAUCCAAAAAGCAUUACUUUUACUCACAUCUUUUGAUAGAUUCUAUGCUGUCCAGCCAAUAUAUAAAAAUUUUAAA